GAUAAUAAAAAAUCCGAGGCAGCCGGUGGAGCGCCAUUCUAGUCAAGCCCUUCGAGCGAGCAGCUUAACGAACCUGCUGUGAGAAAUAACUCUGUAGUCAUGUCGAAGAUCAGUGAAGACGAAAUGUGUGAGUUCAGAGAUGCUUUCACUUUGUUCGAUCGCGUUGGAGAUGGCAAAAUUGAUCCCGAUCAAAUUGAAGAUAUGCUUCGCGCCAUGGGAUUGAAUCCACUAGGAUCCGAUCUUAAACAAGUGCGGGACGACUACAAGGAUAAGAGAGUGGAAUUUGAGGAUUGGCUUGGAGUCUACACCCAGUUCAAAAGCAAACCAGAGCCAGUCAGGGAGGAUUUCAUAGAAGGAUUCAAAUGCUAUGAUCGCGAUGGUUCAGGCACUAUUGAUGGGGCUUCGCUGAGAGGGCUGCUAUGCCUGCGCGGAGACAGCAGACUGACAGAGGAUGAAGCAAACGAGUUACUCGCCCCGGUGGAAGAUACACAGAAAGGGGUGAUAAACUACGAAGAAAUCAUCAAACUGGUAAUGUCCAGGCCAGAGAAGAUAGAAUGAAAGAAGAAAUUGAAUAGGACUUUGCCGUAUUCAUUUCUUCUCAAGAGUGCUUAAAUUUUAUAGACUUUGACGGACCUAGGAACUAUGUCAUUUAAAAUAACGGUUAAAACGAAUGUUUUAUUUGCAUUUUUUUCUCAAAAGAGUUUAUAAUUUUGGCUUUAAAGAAAGGUGGCAAUCUUUGGACCGACAGUUUACGAAAUAUGGACAUGUUUUCACCCUCUUAACAUUAUGUAUUAGCAUCUUCUGAUUUUAUUAACUCUGUUUUAAUUGUUUCCUAAUGAGUUCUUUAC